UAUUGCGGCAAAGAGCACGUGACGUGAAGGAGAGCUCAGUGCAGUUGUAGGUCGCAGGUCGCAGGAUGGUUCUCUGGUACAUCUACCUGGCUGCCAUUCUCGGAUUUGUUGCUGUGUCCGGGCUGCCAGCCAAGCAUGGACAGUCAGGUCAGUCAGGUCAGUCAGAAGGUGAUGCCCUACUGGACCAAAUGUAUGACAUCAGCUUGAAGGAGCAAAACAAUGAACUGAAUCCACACAACCAGAGGCAUGACGUAGUUCCUGAUGACCCGAAGCUUGAGGCUGAACCCGAAAAGCUACGGCACAAAGGGCAGUUGCACGACGUAAAAACCAAGGGCCAAAGGCUUGAAGAUCCUAAAGACAAAGGGCAGGACGUUGAUUCCAGGUACCGAUCGUUGCACAUGGAUCCCAGGGACCGAAAUGAUGCAGGUCCCAAAGAAGGAAGCCCAACCUCCCUUGAGAACAUACGACUAGUCGAUCCUGACCCGCUUUAUGUCAACGAUGAACCCAAUGACCAAUGGUAUGACAUCAAAAUAAAGAACCAGAGGCCUGACUCAGAUCCCCAGCAACAGAGGUCUGCCACUGACCCUCGUCCGCAGGAGCAGGAGCAGGAGCUGAGGCCUGACGCCGACGCCCACCCGCAGGAGCUGAGGCCUGACACCGACCCCAACGCGCAGGUGCGGGAGCCGAGGCCUGACGCCGACCCCAACGCGCAGGUGCGGGAGCCGAGGCCUGACGCCGACCCCAACGCGCAGGUGCGGGAGCCGAGGCCUGACGCCGACCCCAACGCGCAGGUGCGGGAGCCGAGGCCUGACGCCGACCCCAACGCGCAGGUGCGGGAGCCGAGGCCUGACGCCGACCCCAACGCGCAGGUGCGGGAGCCGAGGCCUGACGCCGACCCCAACGCGCAGGUGCGGGAGCCGAGGCCUGACGCCGACCCCAACGCGCAGGUGCGGGAGCCGAGGCCUGACGCCGACCCCAACGCGCAGGUGCGGGAGCCGAGGCCUGACGCCGACCCCAACGCGCAGGUGCGGGAGCCGAGGCCUAACGCCGACCCCGACGCGCAGGUGCGGGAGCCGAGGCCUAACGCCGCCCCCGACGCGCAGGAGCGGGAGCCGAGGCCUAACGCCGCCCCCGACGCGCAGGAGCAGGGACGGGAGCUAAGGCCUAACGCCGACCACCGGGGGCGAAUGUCAACCUUCCUUGAUAACACACUUGUUGCCAGUGAUACUUUUGUCAACGUCGAACCCAGGAAUCCAAAUUAUGACAUCAAAAUCGUGGACCAAAGCCCUGACGCGGACCCCCACCUGCAGGAGCAGAGGCCUGAGGCCAACCCCCACCCUCAGGAGCAGAGGCAGAGGCCUAACGCCGACCCCAAGGAGCCAGUUCAAACUUUCCUUGGUAAGACACUUGUUGCCGGUGAUACUUACGUCAACGUCGAACCCUACGACCCAAAUUAUGACAUCAAAAUCGUGGACCAAAGCCCUGACGCCGAUCCCGCUGAACAAAAGCCUUAUACCAUUGAAGGAAGCUCAACCUCCCUUGAUAAUACACUUGUCGCCGGUGAUAUGGUUGUCAACGUGGAACCCCAGGAUCCACGUUAUGACGUCAAUAUCAAAGACCAAUGGCUUGACGCUGAUCCUGUGGACCAACAGUAUAUCGCUCCCAAGGAUGGAAACUCGAUACCCCUUCAUAACACACUUUUCGCAGGUGCCACGUUAUAUAUCGACAUCAAACCCAAGGAACAGAGCUACGACGUCAUGCCCAAGGACCAGACACAUGACGUUAAUUCCGAGGACCAAUUGUACCACGUGAAUCCCGAGGACCAAAUGUAUGAAGUCAACACCGACGAGGACAGGAAUGAUGACACCGGACCAUCAGAAGAUGACUGGCAAAACCCUUUUCAUGCGGAAAAUCCUGAAGAACCAAACGACGCCAUCCAUAGCGCACCGCUGUUUACCGUGUACGGCCAAGUCGAGGCUGACAUUGAGAUGCAUCCAGAGUCAAAUGGUUCUGCACUCGUUUCUCCACAAGAGUUUGAGCCUCCAAGAAUGAGGAACCCCCGCCCUUUGUCCAUGCUUUUGAAGAAAAUGUUGCUCGCCGCAAUCCCUCCAGGUCAACAAGGAAUGGCUCGGUCCGACCCACCAAGCCGUGGUUCUUCCGAUGACCCCAAAAACGUCCCAUCAGCUUCAACCAAACAAGCCUUUUUUGACAUGAACAUCAAAGCCAUGGAGCCACAAUCAACAUCCGAUGAACCCAAACUGCGAAAACUCUCAGAAAUUUUGGUUGGAAUAAAAAGGCGCUUAGACGAUGGCAGAGAGGAAAGUAAGAACCGCAGGGUAUUCACGCAUCUGCUGACGUACACGAGCAUUGCUGUUGUCAUAUUUGUGGUGCUGUCGUUCCUAACGAUGAUGACGUUGCUAUGUUGGUCUGUGCAGCAUCUGUAACACCAGCUCAGUCCACGAAUAAAACCUGUUCUUGCCA